AUGAUGAACGUCAUGAUUGAUACCGGAGCAACAAACACCAUUAUUACUGAGGAAGCACUACGAAAAACAAAACACCAAAAAUUUACCACCUCAUCACAUCACACAUUACAAAUGGCCGAUGGAAUUGCACAUUUAAAAAUGAUGGGAACAGUCGACUUAGAAAUCAAAAUUAAGCAAAUGGUAACUACAAUUACAGCAAUAGUGGUGAAGACUUUGUUUACUGAUUGUAUUAUUGGAACUGAUUAUAUAAAGAAAUAUGCUGUACAAGUACAUGGUGGAAAGGAAACAGUUACCAUUCAAAAAGGCAAUCAGUUCGUAACUGUUCCAAUGGAAAAACAAGUGGAUCGAAUGAAAAUACCGUUGAGGUUGACGGAAUCAGUCCGCAUACCUCCAUAG